CCGACUGUCUAUUCAAAGCGGCUUUCUGUCAAAAUAACUAGAAUAAUUAGAAUUACGCGUAUGCUAUAAAUGCAUCAUUAGUUUAUUUCAAAUGUAGUAUUUUAUAUGUUAGACCUAAUGAAUUUGUUUAACAGCGUCUCGGAUGUUGUAAAUCCCGUUCAGCAAAGGUCAUUUACACCUUUGCAGUUUGCUUCGUGUCGUGCAUAUUGAGGCUCGGCCGAGGACGUGCUGCUUACGGCUCACCAUGAGCGAAGAAGGAAGCGAUGGGUCGCCACCGCGACCCGUGAGACGUAAAAUCCAUUCAGUGGUACUGAUGUCGUCUUCAGAGUCCGAGAGCGACGAGAGCAUCGUCGCAGUGUCGACACGUAGAAAGAGGAUGAGGGUAAUUAGUGACGACGGCGCGAGCAGCAGCGGCAGCUCGGUGGUGCUAGGGGGCUCGCGACGCCGCACGCUGCCCGCGCUGCGGGACUCGGACACCGACAGCGACACGUCGGGCUGGGCCACCGACCACUCGGACGCUGCAAAGCCCACGGUCGCGCCUCUCCCCUUGAAGCCAAGCUCUGGGUUUGCAUCGGACAGCUCGGAGGGAAAUUCGGACAAAUGUUCUAUCUGUUUGUUAAGAUUUAAAGAACAAGAGGUGGGCACACCUCAAAAUUGUGAACAUAUAUUCUGCCUGGACUGUAUUACAGAGUGGUCUAAGAAUGUGAACACUUGUCCAGUGGACAGAAUAACAUUCAAUUCUAUUGUGGUGAGAGUAUGUGCAGGUGGUCGUGUGUUGCGUACUGAGCCUGUGGUAGUGCAACGCCGCCCCUCCGUGGAGAUGAUGGUGGUGGAGGACCCUACUGCCUGUGAGAUAUGUGGGGAUACAGACAGUGAAGAGACAAUGUUGCUGUGUGAUAGGUGUGACCUUGGUUACCACAUGGACUGCCUUUCCCCACCACUCACUCAGGUGCCUUUGGACCACUGGCUCUGUCCACGCUGUCAUAGCAUUCAUGAUACAUUCACGGAUCUCCCUUUGGAGGAGCUAGAGGACCUGUUCAAUGAUGUCGCAGACAUGGAGCUGCCCCAAGGCCCUCGACCCGUUCCUCUGCGGGAAGUUCCUCGUAACGUCAGGAGAUCCGCUAGAAACCAGGUGGCCGAACCAUCAUCCUCGAGCGCUCACAGAUUAAGUAGCAAUUCAGACAUCGGACCUUCAACUUCACAAGGAUCACGAGCAACCACAAUAUCAAGAAGCGGGAGCAAUCGCACAAACACCAGGAAAAGGACCACCGGGACACAUCGCAGGAAGUAUAAGAGGAGGAGAACAAAGACCGUCAUAAUUGAAUAUGAAGUGGAAGAAAAUGGAAAGUUCCCUGUCAGGAAAACUGUGAGAAGGAAGUUGAAGAAAAGAAAGAGUCGCAAGCGCCAGCCGGCGCCGCGCACGGCGGCGCGGCGCUCGCACGUGCGCGGCUGCGUGCGCGCCCGCCUGGCGGCGCUGGCGCCCGCCGCCGCGCCCGUGCCGCUGGCCGGGCGGCGCCAGCGCGCCGGGGUACCCGCGCUCAGCCUGUUCGGCGACGCCCACCGGCUCGACUACUUCUCCGAGGAAGAGCAGGACGCGUCGGAGGGCGCGGCCGUCGCCGUCGCCCGCCGCCCGACGCCGAGCAUCCUCAGUACCUACAGACAGGCGAGAAGAAAGAUGAUCUCGAUCCCGUCCCCGCCGCACGCGAGCGCCGCGCCGGACAUCCUCUCGGGCAUCCUCGAGAGCCAGACGCUGCUGCACUCUAAAAGGUCGAUCGUGUCGAUCUCCGUCGACGGCCAGGUGGACAUCAAGCUCGAGAAGCGGCCGCCGAAGGUUCCGGGCGCGAGGAAGGAGGGCGGCGACGGCGGCGGGCCGCGGGCCGACCCGCUGCGGGCGGCGGGCGGGCCGGCGGGCGCGCGCCAGGUGCCGGCGCACGGCGGGCGCGGCGGCGGCUGGGGCGGCGGCUACCGCGGCCGCGUGCCGCCCGCCGCGCCGCAGCAGCACUACGCGCCCGCGCCCCGCGCGCCGCCCGCGCCCCGCCCCGGCGCCGGCGACGACUACUCCCGCCACGGCCCGCUCCACUACUCGCCGCUCGACGACGCGCCCUACGACAGGUCGCGCAGGCCGCCCGAGAACGGUCGCGGGCAAAACUUUCCGAACCGGCGGCCGGACCGGAACAGGUACGGGAACGGCCCGCCGGACCAGAAUAGGUACGGGAACGCGCCGCCGGAAAUGAACAGGUUCGGCGACGUGCCGCCGGAUCAAAAUCGAUUCGGAAACGGCCCUCCGGAACACAACAGAUAUGGCAACGGUCCGCCGGAGCAAAACAGAUUCGGUAACGGCCCCCCGGAGCAAAACAGAUUCGGUAACGGCCCCCCGGAGCAAAACAGAUUCGGUAACGGCCCCCCGGAGCAAAACAGAUUCGGUAACGGGCCCCCGGAGCAAAACAGAUUCGGAAACGGCCCGCCGCAGCAGAACAGAUUUGGAGCGGAGCAGAAUAGAGGUCCGCAGUCGUGGCGCGCGUACGGCACGCCGGAGCCGCGGCGCUCGGAGCCGUUGACGUCCCCGGCGCCCGGGCCCGCGCGGCACUCGUUCGGCUUCGAAAACCCACUGGACAUGCGCACGGCGCCCCCGGCCGCGCCCCCGCCUUCGACGCAGGCCUCGGCCCCGGUCACUCGCGAGUACGCCCCGCUACCGCGCCCGCCUAUGCCGCCCAUGUUCAAGUACGACAGGCCCGAUCUCGACAAUACGGAAGACGAGGAGAACGACAACUCUGCGCUCGUCAUCGACACGGACAAGUACGACCCGAUGGACCCGACCAACGACGACGACAGCCCAGACGAGGCGGCCGCGCCCGCCGCUGGCGUGACCCCCGCUGUGGACGCGGCCCCCGCGACUACGGCCCCCGCGCCGCUGGGCGCCGGCGGGCUGGCGGCCUCGAGCGCCGCGGCGCCCGCGCUGCUGGGCGCCGGCGGGCUGGCGGCGGGCGUGCUGCAGUCGGCCGUGCGCCAGGUGCUGGCGGAGCACGCGGCCGCCGCAGCCGCCGCGCUCAGCGACACGGACGACGACGGCGACUGCCCCAACUUCGCCAUCUACUCCGCCACCAGCGUGCACAUCGCCAGCGACGCGGCCGGGCCCGCGCCCCCCGCGCCCGCCGCGCCGUCCCCCGGCGACGAGGAGCUGGUGCAGCGAGAGGACACUCCCCCCCCCACCCCCCACCGCCCCGCCGCGCCGCGCCCGCGCGAGGACGAGUACAACGAGAAAGUGUCCAAGAGGUGUCCCAUUACGACGAACACGCGCAACCCUAUUAAGAUAAAGCUCAACACGCCGUCGUUGAUCAAACGGCAGGUGAGCCUCUACGACGAGGAGGACGCGUUGGUGGACGAAACUGGAGAGGAAGCGGAGGAGGUGGCGGAGAAGACGGAAUCCCCGGAUCGCGUGAAGUCGCCGCCCGCGGACCUGACGCCGGAACAAAGCGCCGCAGCCCCGGCUGAGGAGACAGUCGUACCCGAUUCUACUGAAGACACUGAAGAUAAAGAUGCGGACGACGACGACGAUAAGGUGGAAACGGACAGAGACGCCACCCCCGAACUGGAGGACGAGCCGGCGACCCCGGAGAUGGAGGGCGACGCCACGCCGGCGCGGGACGAGCGCCCGGCCCCCGCCGCGGAGGCCGGGGGCGGCGGCGCCGGCGACAGCGACGCCCGGGACGACGACGAGCCGCCCUCCGGCGACGACCGCUCCGACCACGAGCCCGAACUCGCGCUCUCCUCUAAAGACGAUAAAGCGGAAUGCGUCGACGAUGCCAUCGAAAAGAUGACGGAAUCCAUUAGCGAGACCGAGGACGAGAGGAGCUACACGCCCUGCCUCGACGAGAACAAGUCCAAGGACACCUCGCUGGAGACCGAGAAGGAGAAGGGCAUAGAGGGCCUCGACACCGAGAUGAUAUCCGAGGAGGAGGGCAACGACAUGUUCUCGGACGAGGAGCAGAGGCCGCCUUCCGCGUCGGCCUCCGCCCCGCCGCGCCGCGCCGACGACGACAGCAAGCGCAAGAAGAAGAAAGACUCCAAGAAAGAGGGCAAGGACAAGAAAGGCAAAAACAAAAAGGGCGACGUCGCGUUCAAGAAGCUCAGCAAGAACGGCAAGGAGCGGAACUACCGCGACAAGGACAAGAAGAAGGAGCGGCGCGACUCCGCCGACGCGGCCGAGCGCAAGCUGCGGCGCAAGGAGAAGCGCAAGGACCUCGAGCGCUACGACGUGCGCACCGUCGUCACCGAGAAGCGCAAGCGCGUCAAGGACGCCUUCGGCCGCGACGUGUCCCCGCGGCGCUCCGCCUCCGAGCCGGGCUCCGCCUCCCCGCGCUCCGCCUCCCCGCGCCGCCGCCGCCGCAGCCCCGCCGACCGCGCCCGCCGCUCCGUCUCGCCGCGGAGGAAGUCCCUCUCCCCCCGCAGGAGGUCCAUCACCCCGAGGAGAAAGUCGAUCACGCCGCGGAGGAAGUCCAUCUCGCCGCGGAGGACGUCCGUGUCGCCGAGAAGAAAGUCCAUCUCACCGCGAAGGAAAUCGAUAUCGCCGAGGAGAAAGUCGCUGUCUCCGCGGCGCAAGUCCCCGUCCCCGCGGCGGCGCUCCGCGUCGCGCGGCCGCAAGCCGUCGCCGGCGCGGCGCCGCCGCUCGGCGUCCCGCGGCCGCAAGCGGCGCCGCUCGCCCAGCCGCAGCCCCAAGCCCGCCAAGCCCAAGAAGAAGAAGCGCGCGCGCUCCGAGCGGCCCUCGCCGCGCCGCCGCUCGCCGCCGCGCAAGGCGCCCAAGCGGCGCCGCGCCCGCCGCAGCCGCUCCGCCUCGGCCGCCGCGCCCGCCGCCUGGUCGCCCGCGCAGCUGUCGGCGCCGCCCUCGCCGCGCACGCCGCCGCCCGCGCCGCCCGCGCCGCGCCACCACCGCCGCGACCCCGAGCGCCGCCACCGCCGCGGCAAGUCCUCCGGGCCCUCCAAGGAGGUGUUCACGUCCGGCGACAACAUCCUCGUCAGCGUCAGCUUCAAGGACCAGGAGCGCGACCGCGACGCCGGCGAGAAGCGCAAGCGGCGCGAGGCGAAGCGCGACAAGCGGCGGAAACGCCGCCGGCCGACCGCCGCCGCCGCCGAGGUGGAGACGGCCAAGCCGGUGGCCAUCAUCGACCUCGAGCGUUCGCCGUUCCGCGAGAUCACGCCGUCACCCAAGAACGUGAUCGUGCUGAGCGACAGCGACCACGGCGAGGCGGAGGGCGCCCGCGCGGCGGCGGCGGCGGCGGCGCCCGAGGCCCCCGAGCACCACGUGGGCCCCAAGACGCCGCCCGAGCCGGCCGCGCCGCCCGUCAAGUUCUCGCUGCCCGCCAAGCCGGCGCCGGCCGCGCGCGCCGCCAACCCGCUGCGCGACGACGAGCGGCCCGACGAGGCCCGCGGGCCCAGCACGCCGCCCGACUCGCCCGACGCCUACGACCCCUUCGAGCCCACCCGCUCCGCCUCCGCCUCGCCCGCGCCCGCCGCCGCGCCCGCCAGCCCGCCGCGCCCGCACAUCACGCUCGAGGGCGCGCAGAAGACCAACAUGUCCGCCGACGACGUCAUCGACCGCCGCCCGAUCUCGCCGAUCGAGAAGGUGAUGGCGCUGCUGCAGUCCACGCGCGACGUGUCCCCGGAGCCGCCGCCGGGCGACCCGGGCGCGGCGCCGCCCGAGCCGGCCCCGGCGCCGGCGCCCGCCCCCGCGCCCGCCUCGGCGCCCGCCCCCGCCCCCGCGCCCGCGCCCCCCCCGCCGGCGGCGCCGCCGCGCAUCGUGCUGCCGUCGCCGACGCGCUCGCAGCCGCCGAAGCUGUUCCUGGCGAAGCCGUCCCCGAUCAAAUCGAACCCGGUGAAGCCGAUGCAGGCGACCAAGAUCUCGCGGCUGCCGCUGCCCACCGCGCGGCGCGACCUCGACGGGGACGAUUCGCCCUACUCGCCGGGCUCGAGCGACUUCGGCGACUUGUUCGAGCCCCCGGGCUCCGCCCCCACCGGCAAGUCCGGCAAGCGGGACACAUUCGACUCGCUCUUCGACAAGCCCCCCAAGGGACGCAAGAACAAGUCCUCCGCAGCGAAGGUGCCCGUCAAACUUAACCGGAAGAAAGGCAACAAAACACAGGUGGGAGUCAAAAUAGACGAAGACAACCUGAAGAUACUGGAUGACCUGCCCAGCUCCGCGGUCGAGAUGCAAGUCAAGAGCAAAUUCCUCAAAAAGCUGAACCGGCAGGAGCGCGUGGUGGAGGAGGUGAAGCUCGUGCUGAAGCCGCACUACAACAAGAAGCACGUCACCAAGGACGAGUACAAGGAUAUCCUGCGACGCUGCGUGCCCAAGAUCUGUCACAACAAAUCUGGGGAGAUCAACCCGGCCAAGAUCCAGGCGCUUGUGGAGGCCUACGUGAAGAAGAUCCGCAAGAAGCAUAAGCUAGGGCUCGCGUAGCGCGCGCGCGGGGCCGCUCCCUGCGCCCCUUGGCCGCCCCGCGCCGGCGCCACGGAGUCUCCGGCCCUCGCCGCCGCGGUGCCUCCACCCCUCGUGGCCGCGGAGCCUCCGCCCCUCGCCGCCGCCGCCGAGGAGCCUCCGCCCCUCGCCGCCGCCGCCGAGGAGCCUCUGCCCCUCGCCGCCGCCGCCGAGGAGCCUCCGCCCCUCGCCGCCGCCGCCGAGGAGCCUCCGCCCCUCGCCGCCGCCGCCGCGGAGCCUCCGCCCCUCGCCUGCACGCCGCAGCGCGCGCACCCUCCGCCUCGGCCGCCGCCGCACUUAGACCAUUACAGAUGUUCUAUCAGAUUAUUAUAAUUGUAAUUUAUCUACGGACAAUGUAUUUUACUUGAGCGUUUUAUUUAAAUAAUAUAGAUUAAAUCAUGAAUGAUUUAGUGAUUGAGAA